CAGAUCAGCUACAACCACAGAUCCAGUCUUCAUCCUGCUCCUGUGACAGAUUCUCACACCAACAACAUGCUGUUCUUCAUCUUCUUAUCGGUUCUGGCUCUGGGUGUCGCGUCUCCAGGUGAUGGUGAUGUGAAGCUACAGCGAGGUGGUUGUCCCCCGUUCUGGUACACCUUCAACGGCCGCUGCUACAAGUACGUGGCCACACCGAUGACCUGGGCUGAUGCAGAGCUCUACUGUGCGUCACAGAGGGCCAACCUGGUGUCCAUCCACAGUCUGGAGGAACACAAUUUUGUCAAAAGUCUGAUCCAGAAUUUUGACCACGCUCUGGGACGUGCCUGGAUUGGACUCAGCGACACCCAGAAGGAAGGAGCAUGGAUGUGGUCUGAUGGAUCCCUGGCGGACUUUUUCUUGUGGCACAGAGGAGAGCCCACCAACAGCCAAGGAAAAGAACACUGUGUUCACACCAAUUUUGCCCAAGAUAAAACAUGGAAUGAUGUUCCGUGUUCAAUAUCUUAUGCUUCUGUCUGUAUAUCUCGCAUUAACUGCUGAUUGAUCAGUGUAAUGUCUCAUUCAGUCCUGUUGAUCAGUUAAAACUCACAGGACCUCAAUAAUAAAAAUAGAAGGGUGAAUGUUUGUCAAAAAAAAUUUUUUUUCAAACCUUUAUUGCUAUGAG